GCUCUAUACGGCUUGUAUUCGUGCUAUGAGGCUCCUAGAACCUUCCAGGACAUAUUUCACCCAUGGCGAUAAUGCCUUCCACUAAGAACUCUAAUCAGUGGACCUUAUCAGAGUUUCUUGGGCAGCGCCGGCUGUUGGGGCUCGGCGCUCUGCUGGCAUGGCUCAUCCUCUUCCAUCUCCUGGUGAAUGUUUGGCUCCUCUGUGUCUUCACCAGCCUCCUGGUGGUUCUCGGAGGUUGGCUUGGGUCCCGGGCCGUACUGGAUGCCAACAGCCUUCUCCACCUGGAACACUUUUUACCUCUUGGCAAAGUGAACCCACCGCUGUCUUCACCUGAGCAUGAGUGGAGGUUGAACCAUGAGAUCCACAGUGCUGUCCACAAAGCAGUACGUGACUUUGUGUCCUCGUGGUAUCGGACUCUGCUGCCAGGGGUGGAGGGGGAGUUUGAACGUGCGGUGCGUAAUUCAAUGCUGGAGUCAGUGAUGGAGCUGAAGGAGCGUGCACGGCACGUGGACAGAAAAGCGUUGGUUCAGCGGCUGCUGGAGCUGUACGGCUGUCACCUGCAGAGCUACAUGACAGUGAGACAGAUACAAUCGACACAGAAGGAGAACUAUAGCCUCUGGCAGCUCUACAGUGAAGUAGAUGCUCCUCAUCCAGCUGUGAGCAGUGCAGCCGCCGAGCUGAGCUACUCCAGAGCUCUAGUUAACCUCGUAUUACAUGUUCUGGUUCCGUACCCUCAGAUGGAAACCAAGACUGGAGGUUACAUGGUCACAGAGCUCAUCACCUGCAACGUGCUGUUACCGCUAAUAAGCAGGGUUUCUGAUCCUGACUGGCUCAACCAGACCAUUGUAGACAUAUUUACCAGGUCCAGGGAACCACAGGAACUCAGUGUAGAGGACCUCCCAGCAGAAGCCCUAUACAAAUGCCAGUUCCAGCAGGAGUCCUGGACAACCUGCAAGUCACUGUCUUCUUCUGCUCAAACCGGCCUCACCUGUAAAAGCUCCUCUGACACUGAUCUGCAGAGUCUGGUAGACUCACAGAGCAGCAUGCUUAGCCUGACAUCUGCUGGGAAAGUACAAAGUUGCCAUGCAGGUUUGCUCACACCGUACAAAGUGAACUGCUGCGCUCUCACGUCUGGACGCUACUCAUCACAGUCCAAAAUCAUUUCUUCAGACUCGCUGAUUCCGUCAGACUCAGAAGACGACCUGACAGGAGGCUUUUGUGACUGUGGUCCUCCAACCAACUUCUGCAACGUGCUCACUUUAAAGGAUGACGAAGCCAUUGGCUGCUUUGGUCCUCUGAGAAAUCUUGGACCAAAGGUGGUGGUGCCCGAGGACUCCCAGUGGCCAGCAGGCAUAGCCCAAGACAAAUCCCCAACGUGUCCUCCAAUAACACUUUGUCUAACCUCCUACAACUUCAAUGCCCCCAACAACCCUGCUGCAAUCAUCCACAAUGUGCAAGUUUCUGGAACUGUCACUGUAAAGGAGCCCCGUAGCACUGGCACUCAUCCAUAUACGCUCUACACUGUGAAGUUUGAGACAGUGAAUGACACCGAUAACGCCGACACACUGCAGCCUGCAGCCAGUCACUCUGUCAAUCGCAGAUACAGCGAGUUCCUCAACUUGCAGACACGUCUAGAGGAGAAGCCUGAAGUGAAGAAAUUCAUCAAAAAUGUGAAAGGCCCAAAGAAGAUGUUCCCUGACCUCCCGUUUGGCAGCCCAGACAAUGAUAAAGUUGAAGCACGUAAAGCCCAACUAGAUGUCUUUCUUAAACAAUUAGGCAGCAUUCCUGAGACAGCCAACAGUGAGGACAUGCAGGAGUUUCUAGCUCUCAACUCAGAUCCUUGCACAUAUUUUGGAAGAAAGCCUUUUGUCAAGUCAAGAAUUGAUAAGAUGAUGGAAAAUGCUUUAGACACCUUGAAGACAGCCUUCCCCUAUCCUGAGCCCCUCAGUCCAGAAGACAUAGAAGGAGAUGCUGAUGGAAGGACCAUGGACAGCAGAAAGUACAGGCUUAUGUUCGGCAGCAAAGUUUCACCAUCUCUCAAUAUUCCUGACCUACAUCCUAAAGUGACAUACUGCUUUAGUGAAGGCAGCCCUAUCCUCAAUGGCAUGUCACUAUCCAGCCUGGAGAGCUUUGUCAUACAGCGGGAAAAGCUUCUGUGUGAGCUUAAUGGGAAAGACACAGCCAAGCAGGGCUGCGAUCAGCAAGGCAAAGACAAGAAGAGUUCAGGGAAAACUCACGGAACAGACACGGCUGUGGCAGAUGUUGCUUUGAACAUCUUGUGUCUGCUGAUGAAGGACCAGUGGAGUUGGCUGUGCACUGAGAACAUACAGAAAACCAUCAGACUGCUCUUUGGCACUUUCAUUGAAAGAUGGUUGGACGUAGGGGUGGCUCACCUUACUAGUGCCCCCUGCUGGGUGAUUUACCUCCAAGUGCUGCAGGAGGCUGUGUGGCCAGGCGGCACGCUGCCUACCCAGCCACGACCAGAGCGAAACGCCGCAGAAAGAGAGGAAACGAAGGAGCAGUGCUUGGACUGUCUCAUGCAGCUGUUACCAGAACUCAUCACUGACAUGCUGGGCAGCGAGAAGUACAGACUGAGCUUGGAGACCAUGCUGGAGUCGUUACAGGACCAUCAGAUAAACAAACAUCUGCUCUACUGCAUCUGUGACCUGCUGCUGGAGUUUCUGAUCCCUGAGUCGUGUGAUGAGGCCUUCCAGAAGUCUCUCCUGCAGAGCUUGGCUAAAGACACAGGGAGGGACAGUCCUCACAUGUGAUCUACAGAUGAUGUACUUACAGAUGGAUGCACAAUGUGCAGUAUAUGUGACAUGUUCUCACUGAAGUCAUGUCACGAAAUAGCAGCAGUCAUUGUCUUCGGUCAGCAGGAAAAAGGGACUUCACCAGCUUCAUGUUUUGAUAAUAAACUCCUCAUCCUGUGACUUGCUGUUGCACAAACAUGGGGAAGCUGUGAAACGUGAUUGUGCAUCAGAAGGAAACAACUGUGGAGUCAGAUUGAUUCAAAGUACAUGUACAAUUGUAUUAAUAAACGGGUUCUUUUUUAGCUACAGGCAAAACAGACAUGUUCUCUGUAACCAGUGCAUGUUCAUUGUUACUCUGAAUGCAUUUAUUCAUUGGUUCAGGUUUGGUGUGCACAUGGUUUCCACAGAGGCGGCUAAGAUUACAGCUGACAUCAGUUUAUUAUGUUCCAUCUGAAAUAUUACAUUUUUAACAAACAUAUUUUUAAAUCAUCAGCUAAUGUAUCACCUUUAUUUGAUGCAAGGGCUUUAAAAUACAUCCUAAAUUGUAUAUAUUUUGUCCUACGAUGUAGUUGGUGCCUUCAGCUGAGAACUGUGGCAUCCAUCAGUGAAAACAACUCUGUGGAGGAGCUUCAGGUUCUUAUAUUUAGUUCUUGUCAGUUGAGAUGCUCAGAUGAAAGUAGGGCGGAACAUCAGAUUGGUGGACUGAUUCAAAGACUGAUUUACUGAAGCAAUAAAUGCCUUUAGUCUACGAGCGUUGUGUGGGAAUCCCCCUUCCUUAGACAGACUUUAAGAUUUUAUAUUUGUCUCCUCCCUCACGGUCAAAGCUGUCAUAAAGUUGUGUUGUGUUAGUGGAUGUGUUUUAUCUGUAUUUACUCCUCCAUGUCCAUGGAAUUAUGAAUAUUUUCCAUUUGGUGCAGCUUUUAUAAGCAGCUGUUGUGGACAUACACUCUCACUGAUGAUGACUAACGCAUGAAACUGAACUCAACCAUCCGUAUCGCUGCUCCCAGAGCGCUGACUGUUCAUGUUUGAUCUGAAGAAUCUGGGAUUGCUUUCACCCAACCAUCUGUUUGAACCUUGUGGGGUCCUUAAGCUACUAAACUAUUUUAGACCUUAAUUUUAAGAGCACUCUAUGUGUGAAAUAAAUGUGAUAUUUGA